UAUUUAAAAAUCGUCUUGCUAAAAGAAACAUCUUUCUAAAAUUUACUAAAAUGGAAUUCUCCGUACAGGACAUCCCGUUCUCCCGGCAGCUGUAAUAACAAAGAAAUUCCUUGGGCAGCCAUCGGAUCCUCUCUGUGCAACUCAAUUAACAUUAUAAACCUUUUGGAACUGUGUACAAGGGAGGCGCGUCUCUUCGAGAAAAUGCUAUAAAAGGCUUAUAAACAUUAAAACCCUGCAAGCAAAGCUUUUCCUUGUUUCACUAAGAUUGCGCCAUCCGCCGAAAGUCAACUUGCAGUGUCCCGGGGACCCGAGGAAGUCUGUCUUCAAUUAACAUGAAAACGAUACUAAUUGCUUUCCACCUAUUCCUGAUUCCCCACUGCUCCUCUCAAUUGACAGUGCUCAGUAUUGAGUCCAGUCCUCCAUCCAAUGGAAGUGUGGUGAGCUCAGAGGAGGGCAUGACAGUGUCUCUCACCUGUCUGGUUGAGAACGUGGAGGUCUAUCCUGGACCAGAGCUACGGUGGUUGCGGAACAAGUCACCAGUCCUCCUGCAGGAGGAGAACCGAUUGACCCGGAGCAGCUUGUGCCUGGAGUCAGUGUCCCGGGAUGACCAUGGCGUCACCUUCACGUGCCAGCUCCACAGCAAUGCCAGUGUCAAUGCCUCCAUGCAUCUACAGGUGUUUUUCACUCCAGAGUUCUCUGGCACAGAGAAUGUCACUGCAGAGGAAGGCAGCUCAGUGACCCUCGUUUGCGACACCUACUCAAACCCGCAGGUGACAGUGAGCUGGCAGCAAAACGGUGAAGCUCUGGACUUGUCCAGCGGUGGAUUUGUUCUGGUCCAUGACAGGCGGGAGUCUCGCCUCUCCAUGGCCCAGCUUCAGCGCUCCAUCCAUGAGGCCCAGUAUAGCUGUAUGGUCUCCUCCCCCAUGUUUGGAACCAGGACCAAGUUCUUUCUGCUCACAGUGGAAGCUCCCAAUGUUAGCACCAGGGAUUUGGAGUUCUUGGUUGGCUGGGAGUGGACUGUCUGGGGGGUCCCUGAGGAUUGGGAAACUCCACUUACAUACAAAAUGUGACCAUACAUCCUUUUUAUCUACUAUAUAGCUUUCAUUAUAACACAGAGUUACACUUUGAGCUGGAUGUUCAUAGAUCUUCAGUCAAAGGUCAUGAACUUCACUAUGCAAACAAAAUAGCAGCUUUCAAGAGGGGAUUUAGACCAGCAUCAACUUUGACCUACAUGGACUUUGACCUACACGGACUUUGUCCUUCAUCCUUUUCCAGACCACCGCACUAUCCACUGGCUCUUAUCACACAUGUUUUUAUGAUAUUCUUGAUCUCUGUCACUCUUGAAUGGGAAAUACGGUUCAAUUUUAUCAUUCUACGGUGUUCAUUGUACUAAAAAUCAGCACCACAUUAACACGUAUUUUAAUUUCAUAAGGAAUAAUAUUUUGGUUUCCUAAAGCAGGAAGUAUUUCAAUUUUAUGAAAAUUUCACUGACAUGAAGCAAAAAUUAAAUACUUAAAACAUAAAUAUUUAUUUCAUAGACUUUAAGUCAAUCAAAAAAGAAAUGUAACAGGUGAAAGUUUUCAGAAAAAAAUACAAUUUUCUGGUUAUAGUCUAUAUAAUAAAUAAAAAGGAUAUUGCCCAGUAAUGAACAGCAAGGCACUGUUAAAUAGAUUUUGAGUCAAAUUUAUUUCUGUAAUGCAAAAAUCAAUAUUGGUCUAUUUCCUGUGUACUUAUUUUCUGAUCAUAUCUACCAAUAUUUAUGUUACUUUAAAGCCAUUUUGCAGGAAAGUCUAGUAGCAUGCAGUAUUCUUCAGUAUUCUACAGUUUUCUUCAAAUUAGAUAUCAUUAAAUAUUAUGCUUGUUUCACAUCUCCUUUUUAAAUCAUUGUACUUCCUCAUGGCUGUUGAAAGUUGCCUGAUCACAGCAGUCAGAGAGCUCACUGUGGUGCGUUGAUUGCUGAAUGCUCUUGAUUUUUA